AUGACAAGUUUACUAAGGAAGUCAAUAAAGGUUUCUCUAGCAUCAAUUCUAGCCAUCAAGGCUGGUGAUACUUUUAGGAAAUACGAUAAUAUACCCUUAUAGCCUUUUUUCUUUAGAAACGUUAAGUGCGAGGCUCUGGGUGAGUUCAACAAAGAUGACCUUAUGGGUAAUAUAAUGAAGACGGAAUUUGAAAGAGAUCUUAAAGAUGUUGCUUAUCAUCAUAAAGCUAGGUAUGCUUUCGUUUUAAAGUCAAGGGAAGAGCAUUUAAAGGAAAUGAUGGAUGAGAAGAAUGAAUAUGACUUACUUAUCAUAGGAGGCGGUGCUAGCGGAGCAGGAGUUGCUUUAGAAGCAGCAUCAAGGGGUUUAAAGUGUGCAGUUGUUGAUAAAUAUGAUUUUGCCUCAGGCACUUCAUCUAGAUCAACAAAGAUGGCCCAUGGAGGUAUCCGGUAUUUUGAGAAGAUGAUGAAAUUAGAUGGUGAUCCAUUUGAGAACUUUGAACUCCUCAAGGAGACUCUUCAUGAAAGAAACUAUUUCUUAUAUGCAGCAUCAUUCUAAAAUAAGCCACUUUAAUUGGUAAUUCCCUCUAGUUCAUGGUUUUGGUCUGUAUUCUUUUAUUAUCCUGGUGCUUUACUUUACCAUCUAAUGUAUUUGAGAUAAUUAAUGAAAUCUAAUUACGAUACUGGCUUGCAGGGACCAAGAAUCUAUGGUAGAUAGAAAGUAAAGAAUAUUUUCUCAGAGUUGAAAGCGAUACAUGGAUAAUACGGCACAGUUAUAUAUGAAACUCAAAUGAUGGAUUCAAGAAUGAAUCUCAAUGCCCUCCUCACAGCCUCAAUUGAUAAGUAUAUCCCUGGAAUGAAAGGAGCAAAUCUUGCUAACUAUACAGAGUUUGUAGACUUUAUUAAAAAUGAAAAUGGCUAAAUUACUGGAGCAAUUUUAAAUGAUACUUUAAAAUAGAAGUAAUUUAAGGUAAAAUGCAAAGUAUUAGUGAAUUGCGCAGGAAUUUAUGCUGAUGAACUCAGAAUAAAAGAUAAUAAGGAGGCAAAAUAACGAAUAACAGGAGCCAGAGGCACUCAUUUAAUGUUCUCUCAGGGACUACUACCUGAAAAUUCAGGAAUUAUAAUUCCUAAGACUAAGGAUGGUAGAUUGAUUUUUAUCAUAAACUACCUAGGACAUGCAAUGGUAGGUACAACUGAUGAUAAAUGUGAAAUUACACAUACUCCUAAACCAAUAGAAUAGGACAUUGAGUUUAUUGUGAGCGAGUUAAAAUAGAUAUUUGGUGACAAUUUUGACUAUAAAAAGAACAUGAUCAGUGCUUGGUCUGGUAUUAGACCUUUAGUUGUUGAAACUGAGGAAGAUAAGCAACAAUAAAUUUUAAAAGAGCAGGAGCUAAAUACAGGAAUGUUUUCCUCUGUAAAAUCUAUUUUCAAGAGAUAGAUUAUCAGACUAGGCCAUUUAAUUCAUGGAGCACCUAAAGGUUCAACUGCAGCACUUUCAAGAAAUCAUGUUAUUGAGAAGAGUGCUAGUGGGAUGGUAUCAUUGAUGGGAGGAAAGUGGACUUCUUUUAGAAAAAUGGGAGAAGAAACAGUUGACUUGAUCAUAAAUAGCAAUAGACAGCGCUUAGAUGUAGCUUACGAGAAAUCAGUUACAACUAAAUUUAAGUUAGCUGGUAGUUACACGGCACUAUAAGUCUCAGAAGGCAUCAUUCAAUCAGAUCAAUAAAUUAAGGAGCAAUAUGAGGACCAUUUAGUGUUUGAAUAUGGCAUUGAUAGAAAAUUUGCACAGCAUUUGUUUCACUCUUAUGGCACAGCAGCCCUUAGAGUUGCUAGACUAGGGAAAGAAAAUUAAAUGAACGUUCGUAUUCACGAGAACUACCCAUUCCUAAAAUCUGAGAUUCUUUAUGCAAUCAGGAGUGAGAUGGCUUAGAAGCCAAAUGAUAUACUUUGCAGAAGAGUGCCUAUUGGAUUCUUGAAUGAAUAAAUAUGCAGGGAAAUUCUAACUGAAGUAGUAGAAAUUAUGGCUAAAGAAAAAAAAUGGACAAAUGAUUAAAAGAAGCAAGAGCUUGAUGAGGCAGCCAACAACCUUCAAUACAUGAUGUGA